AUGAUGAUGUCAUCAAAACGCGCGCUUCUACUGUCAUCAAUUGCGACUACGUUUUUUACAUUUCGCUAUGCGCCGGUGUUGAUGGUAGCGAAGGGGUAUGUAGGUAAUGUGGUACUGCUGUGGUUUAUACAGUAUGCAGUGAAGUGCGUCUACAACAUCAUUGUGUACCCCUUGUUCUUGAGUCCGUUGAGGGGGUUGCCGCAGGCACCGAACGGAGGCAUUCUCCUGGGCCACUUUCCCCGCAUCUUGGCCGAUCCCACAGGUGAACCACACCGCGACUGGAUUGACGCUGUGCCCAAUGAUGGUCUAAUUUACUACCGCUGGUUGUUCAACGAGUCGCGUGUGCUAAUCACCAGUCCCAAGGCGCUGGGCGAGGUGCUUGUACAGAGGAAUUAUGACUUUGUCAAACCAGCGAGGGUUAGAGAAGGACUUGGGAGGGUGCUGGGAGUGGGGAUCUUGUUGGCAGAGGGUGAUGAACACAAGAGACAACGAAAACUACUAAUGCCAGCCUUCGCCUUCCGCCAUGUCAAGGACCUGUAUCAGACUUUCUGGGAUAAAUCACAAGAAAUGGCCGACCAGAUGCUUUCUUCUGUCAAAAGCAACCCAGAGGGCGACUCUGUAAUAGAAAUCUGCGACUGGGCCUCCCGUGCAACCCUCGACAUCAUCGGCCUCGCAGGAAUGGGUAGAGACUUCGACUCCCUCUCUGACCCCGACAACGAACUCAACAAAGUUUACCGUAAGAUCUUCUCAGGGAACCGCGGCGCGCACAUUGUGCAGUUAUUGCUCAAUCUGCUGCCGCACUGGGUCGCUGUUAAGCUGCCCCUCAAACGAAACGACGAGAUUGGCAACGCCGUCGACACGAUCAAGAAACUAGCCAGGGAUCUGAUCAAGGAGAAGCGAGCAAAACUAGAGAAGGGCGAAGUGAAAGAAACAGACACGGACAUCCUAUCCGUCGCCCUCUCCUCCGGCGGCUUCAGCGACGAAGAACUAGUGAACCAGCUCAUGACGUUUCUCGCUGCAGGCCACGAAACCACAGCCUCGGCCUUGACUUGGGCUGUAUACUGUCUAUGUCGAUAUCCAGACGUGCAGUCUAGACUCCGCGAUGAAGUACGCACCCAGCUACCCGCUCUACACGACAGCAAUGCAUCAUUUUCUUCCACUGAAAUCGAUCGACUUCCCUACCUGAACGCGGUACUACAGGAGACCCUUCGCGUUUUCCCCCCUGUGCCCAUUACAAUCCGCGAAACAACGCUGGACACAACAAUACAGUCACACUUCAUCCCCGCCGGCACAACCCUCGUUAUUUGUCCCUGGGCCAUCAACACAUCCACGCAUCUCUGGGGCCCAGACGCGCGAUCGUUUAACCCUGAGCGCUGGCUUGGACCCGGAAAAGCCAAUACUGGGGGCGCAGAGAGUAAUUAUGCGGUCACGACGUUCUUGCACGGGCCGCGGAGUUGCAUAGGGAGGGAGUUUGCAAAGGCGGAGUUUGCGUGCUUGGUCGCGGGUUUGGUGGGGAGGUGUGAGAUGGAGUUUGAGGAUGAGGGAUAUGAGUUGAAGAUUCAGGGCGGGAUUACUUCGAAGCCCAAGGAUGGGUUGAGGGUUAGGAUUAAGGAGGUUGUUUGA